UUAUUGGCUGAUCUUCGCGUGCCGCUGCCGCCUGGGGGUGGGGCUCUGUCACCAAGCUCUCCCCGAAGAUGGCGGCGCUCUGGGUGGCCGGCGUUGCAAGAAAAAGCCUCACAGUAGCUUCAGGGGCGCCACGCAGAGAAUUUUGGUCUCGAUUCAGAAAAGAGAAACAGCCAGUGGUAGCUGAGACAGUAGAAGAGGUGAAGAAAGAACCUAUCUUGGUGUGUCCACCCUUACGAAGCCAAGCAUACAUACCACCUGAAGAUCUCCAGAGUCGUUUGAAAUCUCAUGUCAAAGAAGUUUUUGGUUCAUCUGUUCCUACCAGUUGGCAGGAGAUCUCCCUGGAAGAUGUUCAUAUGAAGUUCAGCUUCUUAGCACGUUUAGCUGAUGACUUGGGCCAUGCAGUGCCUAACUCCAGGCUUCACCAGAUGUGCAGGGUUAGAGAUGUUCUUGAUUUCUAUACUGUGCCUGUUCAGGAUAGAUCUAAAUUUGAUGAACUUAUUGCCAGUAAUCUGCCUCCCAAUUUAAAAAUCACCUGGGGUUACUGAACAGUUCAAAGGAAGAACCCAUUGAAAUCUUUUUUUUUUUCCCCCUGAAAAGGGGGCUGUUUAUCAGACUUUUUGGUACUUUACCUUGUGAAAUGCUGUCAGAACUGGUCUCUACACCCACUUUUCUCUGUGGAAGGAAGUUAUUAAUUUUUUUUUGUCAUUAAUUGAAAAAUAAGAUUUUUCCACAUUUGCAGAAAGUUUUCAUGGAAUUAGGUCAUUCAUAAUUUAUGAAAAUAUAUAUUACAUAUACAGAUAAAGUAACAUUUUUAAAAGAUAAAAAUUGUAUAUUAUGAAAAUUGUCUAUUUGCUUUACUGUACAACUAGAAAUAGUAGAAAAUAAUACUGUUCAAUCUAGAUAAAUCUCUUGGAAUUAAAGUAGAUUUGAAGAAUG